ACGCCCAUUUCCAGUCCGCACCCGCCCCGGCUGCUGGAGCGGUUCCUCCCGCUCUCGGAGCUUUGCCUGUCAGCCUGGAUGUCGAUCCUCACCGCUAUUCCACCGCAACAGAUGUCUCAUAGCUAGCCAGCUGAGAAGAGGACCUCCCUCUCUGUUGGGAGCCUUCCACCUGCAGCCAUGAACGGUGGUUCCAGUGUUUGGGCCAUCAGUCCAGAGGAGAGAGGGAAACAUGACAAACAGUUUGACACCCUCGCCCCAGUCCUUGGCUACAUCUCAGGGGAACAAGCAAGGAAAUUCUUUCUCCAGUCCGGCCUGCCGGCUUCUGUCUUGGCGGAGAUCUGGAACCUAGCUGACAUGGACAGUGACGGGAAGAUGGACAGGUUGGAGUUUUCCAUCGCUAUGAAGCUCAUUAAGCUCACGCUCCAGGGCAGGAACCUGCCCUCAUCCUUGCCGAUUGUCAUGAAGCAACAACCGGCAUCCAACAGUGGCUCAAACAUGUCUUCAUCGACACGGUUUGGAAUGGGAUCCAUGCCAAACCUCUCAGUUGGUCUGUCACCCAUGCCAAGUAUUUCCACAAUGCCCGUUCUAACACCCGUCCCGGCUAAUCCUCAUUUACCCUCGCUGCAACCGCUGGUGCCGGUGCCAAUGACCCUGCCCUUGAUCACCUCACUCGGGAACUCGGGGCUCCCCAACGGCACUGUCAGCCUCCUCACCUCGCCACUUGUUCCCAGCAAUGCAGGGACCCCGAUGUCAGGCUUCUCCUCCCCCAUGGCUUUCUCCCCAUCUCCGGGUGUGUCGAAAGCCAACUCUCUUUUGGAGCUUGGAUCAAGCAGUUCAAACUCGUCCUCCACCACAUCCCUGGCCAGCAACUCUCCAAAGAUGGGUUCAGGGGACUGGGCCGUUCCACAGGCCUCCCGACUCAAGUACCGGCAGCAGUUCAACACACUCGACAAACUCAUGAGCGGCUACUUGUCAGGACCUCAGGUUAGAAACGCACUGCUGGCGUCGAACUUGACCCAAACUCAACUAGCGACCAUCUGGAGCCUGGCAGAUGUCGAUAAGGACGGUCAGCUUCGGGCCGACGAGUUCAUUCUGGCCAUGCACCUGGUGGACAUGGCUAAGACCGGACACCCACUGCCGCUCACCCUGCCGCAGGACCUGAUACCCCCCUCCCUCCGAGGGAUUAAGCCCAGUGAGCUUGUCAAUGGGACGGGGCCCUACAUUUGUCCGAGUUUAAUGGACAUAACAGAGAUCGAACCUUCCCAGAAGAACAAGAACUGUGUUUCCUAUGAGGACAAGCUGAAGGAGAACUUUGCGCGCGGCAGUGCCGAGCUGGAGAAAAGGCGUCUGGCUUUGGAGGACGAACAGAGGAAGGAGAGGGAGCGCAGGGAGCGGGAAGAGCGGGACGCCCAGGAGCGGAGGGAGAGGGAGGCCAGGGAGCAGGAGAACCGGAGGAGGCUGGAGGAGGAGAGGCGGCUGGAGCGGCAGAGAGAGAUGGAGAGACAAAGGGAGGAGGAAAGGCUGAGGGAGCUGGAGAGGAAGGAGGCGGCGAAGCAGGAGAUGGAGCGCCAGAGGAGGGAAGAAUGGGAGCGCACAAAGAGGGAGGAGCUGGGAAGGAGAAAAGAGGCGGAGCAAGAGGAGAUCUCUCGGCUCAGGGCGAAAAAGAAGAGCCUGGAGUUGGAGCUGGAGGCGGUGGGCAACAAGCACAGGCAGAUCUCGGACCGCCUCCGCGACGCUCAGAGCAAGAGGUGGAUUCAGAAGGCCGAGGUCGACCUCAUCAAUCAGAAGAGAGACGCCCGCAUCGCUGAGAUCAACACUCUUCAGCUGGAGUUUGAGGACUGGCAGAGGAAGCUGUCCCAGCUCGUCCCGGAGCAACAGCGGCUGUCUGAGAAGCUGCGUAACAUCAGCCUCAAGAAACAGCCCCCGGCCACAUUGACAUCCCUCGCGAAGAGCGCUGCGGAGUCGGGCGGUAACUGCCGCCGGCUCAAAGACCAGCUGGACAUCCUGGAAAAGGAGACAACGGACAAACUGGCCCAGAUGGAGCAGUACAACAAGGAGCUUAAGCUUGGGGAUAUGGAUGACUGCCUCCUGCGAGGCCUUCUCUCCCUGCUGGCCUGCCUCAGCCAGCUCUUCCUCCUCAUCAAGGAGCUGCGGGAGAAGCAGACGAAGCAGCAGGCCGUCCUGGAUGACCUGCACAGAGUCAAAGAGGAGAAGCUGAGGGAGCUGCAGAGGCGCCGGGAGGAGGAGAUGGAGCGGAGGAGGAGAGAGGAAGCAGAAGCAGCGAGGCUGGCAAAGCUGGAGGAGGAGAGGAGAGAGCAACAGCGGCGGGAGCAAGAGAAGAGGGAGAAGGAGGAAGAGGAGGAACGGCAGAGGAGGCUCCAGGAGGAGCAGAGGGCCAGACAGAGGAGGAAGGAGGAGGAGGAGGAGGAGAGAGAGGCGCAGGCUCGCCUCCGAGCGGCUCAGGAGAAAGUGCAGGAGGAGGAAAGGAGGCGGCGGGAAGAGGAGGAGAGGGAGAAAAGGGAGCUGGAAGAGGAGAUGAAACGGAAACAGUUGGAGGAGGAAAAGAAGAAGAAAGAGGAGCAGGAGAGAGGAGCAGCGCAGCUAACCUCAUACAGAGCUUUGUACUCCUUCGUCGCCCGUAACGGCGAUGAGCUGAGUAUAGAUGCAGACUGUGUCAUAGAGGUGGAUGAGCACACUGUCGGCGAACCCGGCUGGUUGUGUGGGCACUACAGAGGAAAAAGGGGCUGGUUCCCCAAGAGUUAUGCGGAGAAAUGUCCUACGCCUCCCACCCCUGAGAGGUUCCUCGCCGCAACAGAGGAAACAUCUAGUCUUCCACCUUUAAACACAAGAAAGGCCGUCGUGGAUGCGGCAGAGGAUGGCGCUCUUUCUCUCUUUUCACAUACUUCACAGUCUUCGGUUCUUCUCACGGCUCGGGCCAUCUCUUCAUGGUCGCCCACUUCGGAAAAUCAUCUCAACCCUUCCUCAGACAUGGGCGGUGGUCUGCUGAGCUUCUCGCAGGGUGACCUCAUCAGUGUGCUGCAGCAGAGGGACGAAUGGUGGUUGGGACAGCUCAACGGGACACAGGGAUGGUUCCCCAAAAGCUACGUCACCCCCGACCCAGGUGGCAACGCAGAUGCGGACACGACAGACUGUGAUUCUGUUCAGCUAGAGGCAGAGUACGUGGCCCUGUACACAUACGAGAGCCCAGAGACCGGCGACUUGACGUUUGAUGAAGGAGACGUCAUCAUGGUGACGGAGAGAGAAGGAGAGUGGUGGAGAGGAUGCAUUGGUGACCAGACGGGAUUGUUUCCCUCCAACUACGUCCGACCCGUUGAGUCAGAGGCAUCAAGACCUGGACUUUCAAGCAAGAAACCUGAGAUUGUUCAGGCUGUCACUGCCACAGAGGCACCCAUGGCUUAUCAGCUGACUCUGUCUCCUGGACAACUGAUUGUGGUCAGGGCCAAAAACUCCACCGGGUGGUGGCUUGGGGAACUGCAGGCACGGGGCAAAAAGAGACAGAAAGGCUGGUUUCACUCCUCCCAUGUCAAGCUCAUGGGGCCCUCCGGUGCCAAGACCUCCCUCUCCCCUCUGCCAGUGUGCCAAGUUAUUGCAAUGUACGACUACGCUGCCGCUAACCAGGACGAGCUAAGCUUCUCCAAGGGUCAGCUCAUCAACAUCCUCGACAAGACCAACCCCGGCUGGUGGAAAGGCGAAACCAACGGGGUCACGGGCCUGCUGCCCACCAAUUACGUCAAGAUGACAACAGAGUCGGACCCCAGUCAGCAAUGUACAUUAGAUUCCUCGUCCAUACCAGAGCCUGGAGAUGCUCAUGGGUGUGCGGACCUGAUCACGUUGGACACUAUGACCCCUCAGGAGAGGAAGAGACAGGGUUACAUACAUGAGCUCAUUCACACGGAGGAGAUCUACGUGGAUGAUCUGGAGCUGGUCCUAGAGGUGUUCUACAAGCCCAUGUCGGAGUCAGGUCGCCUGACAGAAGCUGAGAUGGCAGUGAUCUUUGUCAACUGGAGGGAGUUGAUUCUGUGCAACACCAGAUUGCUCAACGCUCUGCGGGACCGCAAACAGACAGGAGGGGAGAACAUGCCGGUCCAGCUGAUCGGAGACCUGUUGGCUUCGGAGCUCGCUCACAUGCAGCCGUACGUGAGCUUCUGCUCCAGCCAGCUCAACGCUGCCGCCCUGCUGCAGAGCAAAACCCACAACCAGCCGGAAUUUAAAGAUUUCCUCAAGAAGGUUGCCACAAACUACCGCUGCAGAGGAAUGCCGCUGUCCAGCUUCCUCCUGAAGCCCAUGCAGAGACUCACUCGCUACCCUCUGCUAAUAAAGAAUAUCCUGGAGCACACCCCGGACAGCCACGAGGACCGCGGGCCCCUGCGAGAGGCCCUGGAGCGAGCCGAGGAGCUGUGCUCUCAGGUCAACGAGGCGGUCAGGGACAAAGAGAAUGCCGACCGCCUGGAAUGGAUACAGAACCACGUUCAGUGUGAGGGGCCGAUAGAGCACCUGGUCUUCAGCUCUUUGACCAACUGCCUCGGGCCCCGCAAGCUGCUCCACAGCGGCCGGCUGUUCAAAACCAAAAGCAGCAGAGAGCUGUGGGCUUUCCUCUUCAGCGAUUUCCUCCUGCUCACGCACAGCGCCAAGCCCUUCUCCUCCUCGGGGUCAGAAAAACUGUUCAGCGCCAAAAGCAACAUGCAGCUGAAGAUCUACAAGACGCCGCUGUUUCUCAACGAGGUUUUGGUGAAAAUGCCGGCGGACCCGUCCAGCGAUGAGCCGCUCUUUCACGUCUCGCACAUUGACCGCGUCUACACCCUGAAAACGGAGACCUUAAGCGAGAGGACGGCGUGGGUCCAGAGAAUCAAAGCAGCCUCUGAACAUUUCAUAGAGACGGAGAAGAAAAAGAGAGAGAAGGCCUACCAAGCACGCUCCUUAAAGACAAGUGGAAUCGGUCGCCUGCUGGUAACGGUCAUAGAAGCCCAGGAGCUGAAGGCCUGCAAGCCCAACGGUAAGAGUAAUCCGUACUGUGAGCUGACCAUGGGGGCUCAGUGCUACACGUCGCGGCCGGUCGUAGACACUCUCAACCCAAAGUGGAACUUCAAUUGUCAGUUUUUCAUCAAAGACAUCUACCAGGACGUCCUGAGUAUCACCGUGUUCGAGAAGGACCAGUUCUCGCCUGACGAUUUCCUGGGUCGCGCCGAGGUCCCCGUGGCGACUAUCAAGAAAGACAUGGAGAGCAAAGGAGCCGCGACGCGACGCCUCCUGCUGCACGAGGUCCCGACGGGAGAAGUGUCGGUCAAACUGGACCUCCAGCUUUACGAGGCGACCAAAUGAGCCCCAAUCGGACAUCUGCCGUUUAGUUUUGUUGCUAGAGAAGAGUCUUGAGCUGGAAGCGCCUCUCUGAUGAACAUGACGCAGCUAAAAUAGUCUAGGUUCUGCCGUCCCUACCUUGGGUCUCAUUUGCAAUCCAGACUUUUUUAUAACCGAUGCCAGUCUU